AAUGAUUCUCAUAGUCUAUAAGUUGGUUGACUCGCAACAAUUUCCCGACAUCUAUAGACAACCAAUAAACAUAGAACCAUCCUACGAACAUAGACUUAUCCAUUAUCUAUUCAAGAAGUACGAAAUAGCUCACAAAUACGCAAGACCAAGAAAAAAUUCAUCGGAUGCGGUUGUUGUGGAUUUUUCGUUAAAUUUAAAAAAACUUUUAGAUUUAAACGCGAAAAACCAAGCUCUAACUUCUUUAAUUGAAAUGACAUUAAUAUGGACAGAUGACUAUUUAAGUUGGGAUCGGGAAUUAUUCAAUCAACUUCAAAGAAUUCAGUUUAAUGUUCGUGAUAUAUGGAGACCUUCCAUAAGAAUAUUUCAACUUAUAGAGGAACGUUACGAAGCUAAUCCGGUGAUUGAAGCUGUUGUAGAGUGGAAUGGCCGAAUAACUUGGGUUCCCAGAGGAAUAUAUACAACACCAUGCGAAGUCGACGUUACCUUUUUUCCUUUUGAUAGACAAACAUGUUCUUUGGAAUAUGGCAAUUGGAUUCAUUCGAAUGAUCAAGUUCAAAUACAACUUGGUUCAUAUUUAAAUAAUACAAAUAAAUUUGCCUAUUCAAUUGACGAAGGAGCGGAAUGGGAAAUAACAAACGUUCAACAGGAAGUCUUAAACAAUAUAUCUUAUAAUUUAGCUUGUUGUUCUAACGAAAAAUUUACCAUAAUGAGAUUUCAUCUAAAAUUAAAGAGAAAUGCAACAUUUUUAUCAAUUGUCCUCUUUCUACCUUGCUCUUUGCUAAUGAUUGUAAAUCUCCUAACGGCUUUCCUGCCUCCAAGUUCAUCCGAGAAGAUUCAUCUAACAUUAAGUAUUUUCCUUAGCUACUUUGUUCUAUUACUUAUCGUUAUGGACUAUAUACCCCAAGGAAGUAAAUUACCAGUAGUCGGAAGACUUUUCAUAGCCAGUUUAAGUAUUAUUGCGUUAAAUAUUAUCACUUCGGCCAUUGUUUACAAUAUUGCCCUCAAAGGAGUUAGUCAAAUUCACGCAAACCAAUCGCUAAAGAAUAAUUUAUCAAAAUUAGGUCGAUUUCUAUGCAUACCAAACGCCUAUUAUAUGGUCUACAUGGAGGAGGAAAACCAUUUAGAUACGCGUGUCAAUUUGGUCAACGAUCAUGCAAUAACCGAAUUAGUUGAUGAGAAUAGUCUUAAAAGAGACAAAAAGCCGAUAGUCAAUUGUGUUACAAGUGCAGAAUCGGAGAAUUUAUAUCCGAAUCCUGAACAUAAACUUAUCAGAAAUUUAUUAAGCAAUUACGAAAGGGGACAUAGAUCGGCUAGACCAGUGAAGAAUAUUCAUAAAGCACUUCAUCUUAAUUUUACGUUAUUCUUAAGAAAACUUAUCGAUUUAGACCCAAAAAAUCAAGAAUUAACAACAUUAAUUGAAAUUAAAUAUGAAUGGAUAGAUGAACUUUUAAAAUGGAAUGAAUCCGCUUAUCAUGGUAUCAAACUCGUCGAAAUGAACAUUAAAGAUAUAUGGUCACCCAACGUUAGAAUAUCUGAAUUAACUGGUAGGAAAACAGAUUUUAAUCCAAUUGAAGAAGUUAUUGUCGAAUCUUCAGGAAGAGUAACUUUUAAUCCUAGGGAAAUUUUAAAAACGCCAUGUGACGUUGACGUUACUUAUUUUCCUUUUGAGAGACAGACUUGCUCACUUUCGUAUGUAAACUGGAUGCAUCAUAACAAAGCUGUUUUUCUGAGGCUGAAAACAUCAGGUAAUCUUCCUUAUGAUAAAUUCUAUUUUACACCCGAACCUGGUAAUGAAUGGGAAAUAAUCGACGUUCACCAAGAUAUUUUUUAUCACGAACAUUACGAUUUUGAAUGCUGUUCUAAUAGGAAUUUUACAGCAAUGAUUUUCAAAAUAGAAUUAAAAAGGAAUGCCACCUUUUUAGCCAUUGUACUGUUUUUACCAUGCUUUUUACUGGUUCUUUUAAAUCUUCUAUCAACAUUUAUUCCACCCGAUUCAAGCGAAAAGAUAAAUUUGGCUUUGAGUAUCUUCCUUAGCUAUUUUGUCUUACUAAUGAUAGUAAUGGAUCAUAUACCUAUGGGAAGAAAGGUUCCAGCAGUUGGUGAACUCAUUGUUGCAAGUUCGGUUAUCAUAGCCUGCAACAUUAUUACAUCUACCGCUGUCUAUAAUAUUGCCUUGAAAGGUGACGGAGAUGCCAAAGUUCCUGAUAGAAUUAAGAAAAUUAUUUUAAAAUUACGGAAAAAAUUAUUCGUACCGGUCAACUAUUACGUACAUAUUCAUAGUGAUAGUAAUGAUAACGAUAUUCCAUUAGAAAUGAUGAAUGAAGUCGAAAUGGAAAAUAAAAGGAUGCUUAAAAAGCAAAGAAAGAGAAAGGCUAAUUGGUCCGAUGAUGUGUUGGUCUCAUCUUUUCCAAAAUCUGGUACAACUUGGGUUGUUGAGAUUGUUGAUGAAAUUUUGAGAAGAGGUAUCGAACCGGAUAAUGAAUCACCUACCUAUUUACGAGCGAAAAUGCUCGAACUUGGACCUCCCGCUAUUUCCAAAUCUGUUAUUGAUGAAAAUAACGACGAGAAUUUGAUGAAAGGAGAAAAAAGAGUAUUCAAAACUCAUUUAGCAUACACUAGUCUUCCAAGUGAUAUAAGAUCGGGUCAGUCAAAUAUUCGGCUUAUCUACAUUGUCAGAAAUGUCAAGGAUAAUUUGGUAUCAUUCUAUCAUUUUUGUCGUAUGAACGAAUUGUAUGGACUUUUCAAGGGGUCCUUUUCAGAUUUCUAUGACUUAUGGUUGAAUGGGCAGACACCUCAUGGCGAUUGGUUCGAACACGUUAAAGGAUAUUUAGAAAAUUCGGUAAAUAAUGAAAAUAUAUUAAUUAUAUCCUAUGAAGAAUUGUUAGAAAGUACUUUUGAAAUGAUCGGGAAGAUAUCUACAUUUUUAAAUAUCAACCUAGAAGAUAAAGUUGUCAAGAGUAUCGUUGAGAAAACUAACAUAGAAAAUAUGAGACAGAAUAAGAGAACUAAUAGGCUAGAAGUUAAGGCCUAUCGGCAGGAUAUAUCCCAAUUUUUUCGUAAAGGUAUAGCAGGUGACUGGAAGAAUUGGUUAAACGAAGAACAGAGUCAGCGAAUUGAUCGUCUGUUCGAAGAAAAACUUCCAACUGAUAUAAGAAUUUUGCUGAACAAACUUUUCUUAUCUUAUAAUUGA